AGAUAAAUAAUGAACGGUAGUAAACUUUUUAAAUAAAUAGGUGGAUAGGGUUUAUGCGUAAAAGUUUUUAUAGCAGAAGUAUAGAAAAUGGCCGAUAGCGAUGAAAGGACGCCACUUUUUAGAAAUGGAUUUAAUAACGAGGACAGUAAUAAUAGUGAGAAUGUUUCUACAGACAGUUCGUUCAGAAUUCCAAUUUACGGUACCACAUCCGAACAACCAAAUCUAAGAACCGUUCCAAUCGAAGAAAGAAUAAAUUAUACAUGGAGCUCUUUAAAUGUAUUCACAAACGUUGAUACACCUCAAUCCGAAUCUCAUUUAUGUUUUUGUUGUAAAAGAAAUCCUGGAAGUCGGGGACAGAAGAAGCAUUUACUCAAAAAUAUUAGCGGUUUAGCCUAUCCAGGAGAAUUGCUGGCAAUUUUAGGCUCAAGCGGAGCGGGAAAAACCACGCUUCUUAACGCCUUAACUUUUCGUUCGCCAAAAAGCAUUACUGUGACGGGCACACGAUGUGUUAACGGGACACCCGUUAAUUCUAAGGCACUGACAAGUCAAUCUGCUUACGUUCAACAAAAUGAAUUGUUUAUUGGUAGUUUAACUGUGAAAGAACAUUUGAGAUUUCAGGCACUUGUAAGGAUGGACAGGCAUAUUUCCUAUGAGCAAAGAAUGAAAAGAGUUAACGAAGUAAUAACAGAGAUGACUUUGAAUAAAUGUGAAAACACCUGCAUAGGAAUUCCAGGAAGAUUGAAAGGAAUUUCUGGGGGCGAAUUGAAACGGCUCUCGUUUGCUGCAGAAGUAUUAACAAAUCCGUCGCUAAUGUUUUGCGACGAGCCAACAUCAGGGCUUGAUUCAUUUAUGGCUUUAAACGUAGUGCAAAUUUUGAAAAACAUGGCACACGCGGGAAAAACAGUGAUUUGCACCAUACACCAACCAUCUUCUGAGUUGUAUGCCAUGUUUGAUAAGCUUCUUCUGAUGUCCGAAGGACGAAUAGCAUUUUUAGGUACACCUGAAGCGGCUGAUUUAUUUUUCAGAGAAUUAGAAGCACCAUGUCCAAAAAACUACAAUCCUGCAGACUAUUUCAUACAACUCUUGGCUAUAGUACCUGGUAACGAAGAAUCGUGCAGAAAUGCGGUAAAUAUGAUUUGUGAUAAAUUUCAAAGAUCAGAACCUGGAAUACAAGUGGCUUUAGAUUCGACAAUGAAAUCUUCAGAGUUUUUAAGACACCAAGAUGCAGAUGUAUGGAUAAACGGAAGUAAUGGUAACAAAAGUCCGUAUAAAGCUUCUUGGUGCGCCCAAUUUAGAGCUGUAUUAUGGCGAUCGUGGUUGAGUAUUAUUAAGGAACCACUAUUGGUUAAAGUACGACUACUGCAAACAAUUAUGGUCUCCCUCAUCUUAGGUGCUAUCUAUUACGGCCAAGUAAUCGAUCAGGAUGGCGUUAUGAACAUCAACGGAGCAAUUUUCAUAUUUCUGACCAACAUGACUUUUCAAAAUGUGUUUGCCGUAAUAAAUGUAUUUUCAUCAGAACUCCCAAUUUUCCUCAGGGAGCACAAAAACGGAAUGUACAGGACCGAUGUAUAUUUCCUAGGGAAAACUAUAGCGGACAUACCAAUAUUUGUGUUUUUGCCGUUAUUGUUUUUGUCUAUUUGUUAUUAUUUGAUUGGUUUAAAUACCGAAAUGCCUAGAUUUUUUGUUGCUUGUGGGAUUAUUGUCUUGGUAGCAAAUGCGGCGACCAGUUUUGGAUAUUUGAUUUCGUGUGUUUCCUCGACCAUAUCGAUGGCAUUAUCUAUCGGCCCGCCCAUGUUAAUUCCAUUUUUACUGUUUGGGGGUUUCUUUUUAAAUAUUCAGUCGAUUCCCGUAUAUUUUGAAUGGUUGGCAUACUUAUCCUGGUUCAAAUACGGAAACGAAGCCUUGAUGAUCAACCAAUGGGAGAACGUAACCAACAUUCAAUGCCCACGAGGGAAUUCAACUUGCCUAAGAAAUGGUCACGUGGUUUUGGAAAUUUAUAAUUUUAAAGAGGAACAUUUAAUGAUCGAUAUCAUUUCGCUUAUUGGACUUAUUGUGGCCUUUAGAUUUGCAGCUUUUCUCGCAUUGCUAUGGAAAACUUAUAUCGAUGAAGAAUAGAUUUUAAUUAAUAAAAGUUUUUGAG